GAGAUGAGAGAGACAGGUAGGCAGAGAGAAAGAGGAGGCGAUUGUCGGACACGGGAAAGAAGGACAACACAGGGUACAGAGCAUGCAAGAUCUCGAGGGAGAAGCCAAACAUAGGGGGAUUGAACCAAUGGGACAGAGGAAUAGGGAUCGUAAACUAUGGGUGAAUGCUCCAAAGUAUGAAGAUGAUCAGAAGGAGGAUAAGGGGAAAAGAACCAGACAAGCUAUGGAGCCCAUAUUGCAGACUAGAAGUUAUGCUGAAGCACUGAGGGGUCCACAAGAGGAAAGACAUGUUGUGGGGGAGCUAAGACAGCCUAUGGAGAACCAACUUAAGAGACAAGAAGAGAGCAGAAGUAGAGCUAGGCGAGGAGAAUGUGCUAAGGAUAACAGAACAAUAUGGCAGCAAAAAGGAAAAAGGAAAAACUGGGUUGGUUUUGAAUAUAAUACCAAGACAGAAGACUGUGGAUGGCUUGAUGGUUGCUAUGUGGAGGCAACAGAAGCAGAGCAGGGAAAGGAAGAUCAUGUUGAGGUGGAGAAAGAAGAUGAUGACGUGGCAAGCAACAGUAGUGAGAAAUAUGGAAAAAUCUGGAUACAAAUUUUGAAAGAUGUGCAGAAGUCUGUCGAAAUAAUGCCUGAUAGCCUAAUUCAAAUUCAAAAUAAGAUUGAUGGAGUGAACGGUGUAGAAACAAGGUGGGAUGACAGGCAGAUAUGUAAAAAGGGCCUGGCAGCGAAUUUAGGGGAGGGGAAUGACAACUUUAUGGGGGGAGAUUUUAAUGCUGUAAGAAAUGCAGGGGAACGGGCAGGUUGCAGGGAGGCAUCGAAAGAAAUGAGAGAGUUUGAUUACUUUAUUCAAGAUGUUGGUUUGAUUGAUUUACCUCUUGUGUGGAGAAAAUUCACUUGGUAUAAUUCCAAUGGUGAAUACAUGAGUAGAAUUGAUAGGAUAGACUGGGGACCAAAGCCUUUCAAAUUCUUUGAUAGUUGGCUGGAAAAACCAGGGUGCAAGGAAAUGAUCAAAAAAGUGUGGAACUCCACAACGGUUAAAGGAUGGAAGGGCUGUGGGCUAAAGGAGAAACUGAAAAGAACGAAGCAAGCCUUAAAAGAAUGGAGUGGCAAAUCCAUGACAGAUGUUGAUGGCAGAAUAAAAGAAACCGAAAGGGAGAUAGCUACACUAGAUGACAAAGGAGAGAAUAUAUCCGAAUCAAAUAAUGAGCUCUUCACGAAAGCUUUUACUGAAGAGGAAAUUAGAAAUGCAGUUUGGGAUUGUGAUUCUACAAAAUCACCUAGGUCGAAUGGGUUUAAUUUCAGACUUAUAAAGACCAUGUGGGAGGAAAUAAAGCAAGAUGUUGUGGGGUUCAUUCAAGAAUUCCAUGAGCAGGGUAGACUGGUAAGAGGAUCAAAUGCCUCAUUUAUUGCUCUAAUCCCAAAAGUUGAAAACCCCCAAAGAAUAGAAGAAUACAGACCCAUUUCGCUUAUUGGGAUUAUGUAUAAGAUUAUUGCUAAGUUACUAGCAAACCGGCUCAGGAAAGUGAUUGACAAAAUUAUCGGGGAGCAACAAAUGGCUUUCAUCAGAGGUAGACAGCUGGUGGAUGGUGCAGUAAUUGCAAAUGAAGUGAUUGAAGAGGCAAAGAGAAAGAAGAAGAAAUGCUUCUCAUUCAAAGUGGACUUUGAAAAAGCAUAUAACAAGGGGUUGAACAGUUUAGUAUCUUCUGUGGUUGAGAAGGAACUGUACAGGGGAAUGACGGUGGGUAAUGACAAGGUGAUGGUGUCCCACUUAAUGUUCACGGAUGAUACGAUCUUUUUUGAUGAGGCAUCUGAAGACAACAUUUGGGUUGUUAAAUGCAUCAUGAGAACUUUCGAACUGGUCUCGGGGCUGAAAAUUAAUUAUGGUGAGAGUCAAUUAAUGGGUAUCGGAGUGGAGGAUGGCUUACAGGCUAUGUUGAUGCUAGAUAAUUGGAAAGGUCGACAUCUAUCUCUUCGAGAUCGGAUCAUGCUCAUCAACUCUGUGUUGUCUAGCUUACUCGUGUUUCUGAUGUCAGUCUACCUCAUCCCUAAAGGUAAAGAGAAAGAUUGCUACCAAAUGGGCACUGCUUAUAAUGGAACUUGGGAAUGGAAUCUUGCUUGGAGACAAAAACUGUUUCAGUGGGAAGAAGAGGCUGUCAAGGAAAUCUACAGGAUGAUAGAGAAUGUGAAGAUCUCUCCAAGUCGACCAGACAAAUGGGAAUGGGUACACAAUAAGAACGGACAGUACUCAACUGCAACAACUUACUUAGUAUUGACAAAAGAAGGGAGGGGACCGGAUGAAGCAAAAUUCUUCAAGAGAGUGGAAUUCUACUCUCUCGAGCAAAAUUGCCGCCUUCAGUUGGAAAGUGAGGAGGAGGACAGUAACCAUCUCUUUUUGAAGUGCAAUGUUGUUAGAUGGGUAUGGUUGGCAUGUGCUAGAUGGUGGGGGAUUACCAUAACACUUGACAAAGAUUGCUUGAAAACUUUUGAGAAUUUUGGAGCAUGGUCUAAAGAUUCACGCACCACAGAAGGCUGGGACUGCAUUUGGAACACGGUGAUAUGGUCUAUGUGGCUCACGCGAAACCAAAUAAUUUACCGUGACUCAAAGGUGAAUAGGGGUAAGCUAUUUGAACUUAUUCGACUGAGAUCCUUUGCUUGGAUUAAAGUAAGGAAAGUUAGGUGUUACUUCAAUCUUUCAAAUUGGUUACUUGAUCCUAUCUCGUGCCUUACUGUGAAUUGUGGUGGGAAUAAAUAGUUUGAGCAAAAAUAGGUCUGAAAGAGGGGAUUAACAUUAAGUGGCUUGCAGUGUCUUUGUGCUUGUUAAAAGGGUUGAGUACCCCUUGUACUUAGUUUUCUUAAUAAAAGUAAUCUUUGCGG